ACCCCUCCUCUCUCUCUCUCUCCGUGGCAUUUAUUAUUAAAGGAGAGGCUGCCUCCUUUCCCAGUUUGGUGAAAGCACUGGUCCGCUUGCAACGAGCACGUCGUCAACAUGAUACCUGCGGUGAAGCUCAACACCGGAGCGGAGAUGCCCAUCGUGGGUCUGGGAACGUGGAGGGCGGAACAAGGAAAGGUCAUCGAGGCUGUAAAAGUGGCCAUAAGUGUCGGUUACAGGCACAUCGACGGCGCCCUGGUGUACCAGAAUGAAGAGGAGGUCGGCGCUGGGAUCCGUGCAAUGAUUGAUCAAGGAGUGGUCAAGAGGGAAGACCUAUUCAUUGUCAGCAAGCUGUGGUGCACCUUCCACCUUCCAUCUCUUGUGAAGGGAGGGUGUGAGAAGACUCUAAGAGACCUGAAGCUGGACUACGUGGACCUCUACCUCAUGCACUUUCCUAUGGGAACCAAGCCAGGUGACGACCUUUUUCCUUUAGAUGAACACGAACAGAUCAUUUCUGAUGAUAGCAGCUUUUUGGACACCUGGGAGGCUAUGGAAGAGCUGGUGGAGCUGGUCAAAGCAAUCGGCAUCUCCAACUUUAACAAAGACCAGAUUGAAGCCUUACUCAACAAACCAGGCCUCAAGUACAAGCCCGUCAACAACCAGAUUGAGUGUCACCCGUACCUGACCCAAGUGAAGUUGAUCGACUACUGCCACUCGAAGGGAAUCUCAGUGACGGCCUACAGCCCCCUGGGUUCCCCUGACAGACCCUGGGCUUCAUCUGAAGAAGCCUCUCUGCUGGAGGACCCAAAGAUCAAGGCCAUCGCUGACAAGUACAACAAGACUUCAGCACAGGUGCUCAUGAGGUUCCACACCCAGAGAAAUGUGAUCGUUAUCGCAAAGUCAGUUACACCCCAUCGAAUCAAGGAAAAUUUCCAGUUGUUUGACUUUGAGUUGAGCGAAGAAGACAUGAAGACCAUGCUGAGCUUGGACAAGAAUUGGAGAGGAUUCCCGAUGCCAUGGGCGUCCAAACACAAAGACUUCCCCCUGAAUACAGAGUACUAAUAUACAUUGGACUGCAUUUUCUGCUGUGCAUCUAUUCUUACAUUUCAGAUUUUACGUGUUGUGUUAACUUGUUUAGAGAGACUGAAGGAUGUAAUUAUACUGAGCUUUUGCUGGAUCUAUGAUCUCCUCUCAUUAAAUUAUCAAAUUGUUGUAGGUUAGGUUUACAAGGGACAGACGGUGCGUGGAAGUUGUCUCUAUAAAAUGUUAAAUCCGCAGAUACAAAAGUAAAACAUAUUUUAACGACACUUUCACAACUUUCCCUUUUUUGUAAGUUUAAUUACACGAGCGGUGUGCACAUAUCCGGGAAUGUGGACCGUUUAUGUAAGCUGCAUGCUGAUGAUAAAAGCCUGACAGACUGGGUUAAGAAGAUAAGAUUAGUUUUUUUACAACUCAAAUAACUUCAUGAAAAAGCGAUCAGGGUUUGAAAUUAACGACAGGGCAGCUGCGGUUUAUAAACAAAUACUGGUAUUCUACUGAAUUUUAGUCAAAAUUUACGCUUGUUAAUAGUUGCUCAUCCUUUGUGAUCACAAGUAUUCUGGCAGACUCCGGUACUUACGCUGUAUCUAUUGAUGUUUUGAAGUUCUUGUGUAAGAAAAUAACCUUGUGUAGGCAUUUUGCAGUAUAAUAAACUUUCCUGAAAUCUAAAUUGGACCAUACCACUGCAGCAAUACACGUGAAGUAUUUGAGCCAAUGACAUUUGUUUUGGUUAAACCGUCUGUGCUCCUACGACUACAUGACAAGAAACUUGGGUCUCAAGAUCAUGCUGCUGAUAAACCUUUUCAGACAUGAACUCCAAACAUAUGAAGAACGCAGCAGGAGAUUCUCUGGGUCAGAAAUGUUCACAACAGGAUCACCUCCAGCAUGUUGAGGUGAGAGGUGACGUCUCCACAUAAUCUCCUGCUGUGUUCUCAUAAGGGCUCUCUGGGACAUUCUCGGGAGGUUUUACUUGGGCUCCCAGGAGAAAGAGCAGAACAUGUAUAUGUUAUGUACAGUACAUCUCACAGGAUCAGUUAGUCUUAAAGUCCACUGGACUGUAUACUUUAUAUAUUAAGUAGCAGAAUAAUCCAAACUACUUUUCACGUGCCUUAAAAGUGAAGUAUUCCCUAUCGCACUACAUUUAUGUUGGCUAUAUAUGUGUGUGAAUGUUUAUACCUGCGUGUAUGUUGAUCACACCAACGCAGGUUCCGGCAGCUCAUUGCUGUACGUGCUGGAUGAAUCUGAAGGAAAACUUGCACCAACUUGUUGUAUUUUUCUGUCACAGGACUUUAUUAAAAAUAAAAACAGCUGACAGAGGAA